AUGAAUGCUCAAACUCGUGCCCAGUCUGGAGGUGUCGUCCAAUCACCUCGGCUUAAAGAUGUUCUUGCACGGGAUAUAAACAUCACUGUCAACAACACAUAUGCAAAAAUCCAAAGUUGCCGAGCUGCACUGAAAAUUUUGAUUGAAAAUCGAACGAAGGAUCUAUCUCAGGGAACAAAGGACGAAGGAUGUUCGACCCCUUUAAACAAGAUCUAUACAGAGCUUUACAUCACAAGAGGAGGCAGCGGGGAGGUUCAUAGUGAACAUGAAGUGAUCGAACUAGAAUGCAAAAGGCCUUUGAGUGAGGAGAAGAACAUCCAGCUCAGUGACAUUUUUAAACCUUUACCAGAAGAAGAAAGCCCUCCUCAGAGAGUUCUGACGAAGGGAAUCGCUGGCAUUGGAAAGUCGGUAGCUGUGCAGAAAUUCACUCAGGACUGGGCGACCGGAGAAGCCAACCAAACUACUGACUUUCUAUUUCCAUUCACAUUCAGAGACUUGAAUUUAAUAAAAGAGGACUGUUCUCUUUUGUCAUUAAUUAGUUCCCAUUUCAAAGAAGUAGAUGAUUUGGAACCAUCAGACUACAACAGUUCAAGUGUUCUGUUCAUCUUUGAUGGCCUUGAUGAAAGCCAGUUACCUCUGGAUUUCAAGAAAAAUGAGACGUGCCGCGAUGUUACAAAGCUCACAACAUUAGACGUCCUGCUUACAAACUUAAUCUCAGGGAACCUGCUGCACAAAGCCUCGAUCUGGAUCACAAGUAGACCAGCUGCAUCCACUAAGAUUCCUCCUGAGGUCUUCAACAGAGUGACCGAGGUACGAGGCUUCAACGAUGACCAGAAGAAGGAGUACUUUCAGAAGAAAGUUACUGACAAAAACAUGUCUCAGAAGAUACUCAAUCAUCUUCAGUCAAAGCCACUGAGAAGUCUCUACAUCAUGUGCCACAUCCCAGUCUUCUGUUGGAUUUCAGCCUCGACUCUCCAGAGUCUCUUAACAGAAACUCACAAAGGUGAGUUGCCAAACACUCUGACUGAAAUGUACACACACUUCCUGAUCAUCCAGACGGAGCUGAAACACCAGAAGGAUUAUCAGGAAAGUGAAUCGGACAAAGAAGUCAUCAUGAAAUUGGGAAAGCUGGCAUUUGAACAGCUACAGAAGGGCAACAUCAUCUUCAAGAAAGAAGACAUAGAAAAGUGUGAGAUUGACUUGAAACAAGCUGCAGUUUUUUCAGGAGUUUGUACAGAGAUCCUCAGAAAACAGUAUGGACUUUACAAACAAGAGAUUUACUCUUUCAUACAUUUAAGUGUUCAUGAGUUUCUUGCAGCUCUGUAUGUCUUACAGACCUUAAUAGAUAGGGGAGAAAAUCGGCUGACCAACCUGACAGAUAUGACAGAUGAAGCACAGUUUCCUCUCUUCUCCCUACAGAAGAGCGCAGUGGAUCUGGCUUUGGACAACAAUCUGGGACAAUGGGACUUGUUCCUGCGUUUCCUGCUCGGCCUGUCACAGGAUAAAAGUCAGAAGCUUCUUCAGGAAAAAAUGGGAUUCAAAGGAAUUCUUCAACAGAGCAACAAGAAGACAAUCGACUACAUUCACGAGAAGAUCAAGAAGCUGUCCAACAUCAACAAGAGCAUCAAUCUGUUCCAUUGUUUGAAUGAGUUGGGUGACCGGUCUCUGGUCGAGCAAGUCCAACUUUAUCUGAGCUCAGGAGAUGCUAGUAAGCUGUUACCUGAACACUGGUCAGCUCUGGUCUUCCAGCUGCUCGUUUCCAAUGAUGACCUGGAUGUCUUUGACCUGAAGAAAUACCACAGAUCAGAUGAAGCUCUGGAGAGGCUGCUGCCAGUGCUCAAAGCAUCAAAGACAGCUUUGUUGAGUGACUGUAACCUCACAGACAGAAGUUGCAGAAAUAUUUCAUCAGUUCUCAGCUUGAAGUCUUCUGGUCUGGAGGAGUUAGACCUGAGCAGAAACAGACUGCAGGACUCUGGACUGAAGCAGCUCUCUGAAGGUCUAAAAAGUCCAGACUGCAAACUCCAAACACUCAGACUGGGUCGCUGUUUGUUUACAAAGAGAGGCUUUGCUGCUCUGACUUCCAGUCUGAAGUCAAACCCCGCCCACCUGAGAGUCCUGGAUCUGACAGGAAGUUACCUUAGAGACAGUGAUGUCAGAGACCUUUGUGAGUUCUUGGCAGAUCCACGUUGUCGACUGCAGACACUGAACCUGAACUCCUGCUUUUUACCAGCUGAGAGCUGCCGGUCUUUGACCUCUGACCUCAGAGCUUCCUCUGCUCUCAAAGAGCUCGACCUGAGCUGUAACUACCUGAUGAACCAGGGGGUGGAGCUGCUUUCUGAUUGGCUGAAGAAACCCCAGUGUGCACUGGAUAUACUGAGACUGGAUCUUUGUCAGUAUACAGAGAGAGGCUUUGCUGCUCUGACUUCCAGUCUGAAGUCAAACCCCGCCCACCUGAGAGUCCUGGAUCUGUCAAGAAAUGACCUCAAGGACAGUGAUGUCAGAGACCUUUAUGAGUUCUUGGCAGAUCCACGUUGUCGACUGCAGACACUGAACCUGAAGUCCUGCAGCUUACCAGCAGAGAGCUGGCGGCCUUUGACCUCUGACCUCAGAGCCUCUUCUGCUCUCAAAGAGCUCGACCUGAGCCGGAACCACCUGAAGGACCAGGGGGUGAAGCUGCUUUCUGAUUGGCUGAAGAAACGCCAGUGUACACUAGAGAUACUGAGACUGGCUUCCUGUAAGUUAACAAAGAGAGGCUUUGCUGCUCUGACUUCCAGUCUGAAGUCAAACCCCGCCCACCUGAGAGUCCUGGAUCUGUCAGAAAAUGACCUCAUGGACAGUGAUGUCAGAGACCUUUGUGAGUUCUUGGCAGAUCCACGUUGUCGACUGCAGACACUGAACCUGGACUCCUGCAGGUUAUCAGCAGAGAGCUGCCGGUCUUUGACCUCUGACCUCAGAGCCUCCUCUGCUCUCAAAGAGCUCGACCUGAGAGUGAACCAACUGGAAGACCAGGGGGUGGAGCUGCUUUCUGAUUGGCUGAAGGAACCCCAGUGUACACUGGAGAUACUGAGGUUGUCGUACUGCAGAGAGAGACACUGUGAGUAUCUGGCCUCGGCUCUGAGGUUGAACACUUCACAUCUCAAAGAGCUGAAGCUGAGCAGGAGUCAUGCAGGAGAAUCAGGUCUGCAGCAGCUGACAGAUAUAAAGGAGGACAAACGUUACAGCCUGCAGACACUGGAGGUGUCAGAGUGGUAGAUAUGGACAUGAAGCAAAAGACAACCAUGGAUAAUUUUCUUCCUUCAGUCUGAAACAAAUGAACUGAACUACAAAGUGUGUGUCAAAGUGACCUGAGAUGCAUCCUGAUUCCUCUCUCCUUAAGGAAUCAAUGCUCAUCAGGAAGGGAGGUUCUAGUGCAGCAAUAAGGUUAUUAAACAUGAAAUAAAAAAGAAUGUUUAUGACCAUCUGUUUAAAAGCAUAAACAACUAGUGAACACAACAUUGACAGACACAUUUCAGACCUGAGGACAAUCAUCACCGGUUCCCCUCCAGGCUGUGUUCUUUCUCCUCUGGUCUUCUGCCUGUUCAAGGCUGUCCCUCCCUUUAGAUGCAAGGUUGUUUCUACAAGCAGCUUAAUGCGACCCAUGUUUAUCUUUUAGACUGUCCUCAUUGUGAAUGAGGGCGAGGCGAGUAUAAAUCACAAAGAGUCAGUUAAGGUGGGAGGGAGGGGAGGUGGACGGGUCAAACAAACCAGGACUUUCACCAGGAGAACAGUGUUGGGGUCCCAUGUGAAACCAAAGAGCAGCGUGUGAUUCAAACAUCUCUUAACUUCCUGCAUCACGUUUUUACUGAACUACGUCACUUGCAGUUGUCACAUUGUCCUCCUAACUACUUCACUUCCAGCAUUUACAUAAUGUAUUUACUGUUUAAACUCUUUUAAAGCCUAACCAGGAACUGUUUGACCCUAACCUUAGAGAAGUGUUGACUGAGCACAAAUUCAACUGACUGUUCAACCGAACAGUGGACUGAAUGUUUAUGUGUAAUGGAAUGUGUGCAAUUUUCAGAAACACUCUCUGUACCAUUGAAAAGCUCAUGUGGGUCAUUCUGUGUGGUGCUGACAGACGACUUGUUCUGUUGUUGAGACUGGAGGUCUUGGUGACCUGUACACCAGCAGCUACACCUCCAGUCACCACUCCAUCAAGCUCUAGAAGUUUGUGAAUGACACCACCCUCUUUGGUCUCGUGUCUGGUGGGGACAAGUCCACCUACAGAUUGACCAACGGAUGACCUGGUGUGGACAGAACAACUCGGAGCUCCGUGCUCCAAGCCCAGCAGAGGAUGUACUUCCUGCAACAGCUGCAGAAGUUCAACCUGCCAAAGACAAUGAGGUGGACUUCUACCCUGCCAUCACAGAGUCCAUCAUCAUCUGGUGCGCUGCUGCCACUGCCAAGACAGACUGCAGCGUAUCAUUCGCUCUGUGGAGAAAACAAUUGGCUGCAUCUGCCAUCGCUGCAGGAGCUGACGGCUCCCAGGACCCUGAGGCCGGAAGGAACAAUCAGAUCGACCCGUCCUGUCCCCGACAUAGUCUUUCAGUCACCAACGAGGCCCGGGACCCCCUCUGGAAAGGACUUUUGUGUGGGAAAAACAUGUUCGGCUCACACACACAAUCAACACAGCACACAAAAAAAACAAAAACAAACAAACCUGCACUUGCAACACUUGCGUCCUUCAAGCACUUACGUCCUAACAGGACUCAACAUAAUAUAUGCCACUUAUUCUUGCUUAUUCUUGUGUUGUUUCUUGACUUCAUCCUUGCUUGUGUUGUAUGAUCUCUAAAAUGUACGCUGCUUUGGAUAAAAGCGUCUGCUAAAUAACAUUGUAGAUUGCAGAUGUUUAAUAAAAUAUCAUAAUAGAAGUGUGUUUUUAAAACAUGCUUUAAUUGGGACUUUAACUUUUGUACAUCCCCUUGUUAAUAUGUUUGGACACUGUGCACAAAACUGUAUGGCUUCAAAUUCUAAAAGUUGUCUUAUACAGACUUUUUUACAGUAGUGUAUAGUAUCUUUUCCAUUUAUUGCAUUUAUCUUUUCUAUGUACAUGGUACAUUCUUUUUCCACUGUACAUAUGUUAAUUAUAUGUUCACUGUUGUAGUACUUCUCCAGCCUAUUUUUGUCUCGUCUUCAUAUGUUUAGUGUAUGCACCAUGCACCAAACACCAGGGCAGAUAAAACAAAAUGCAUCAGAUUGAGGAUGAGUGUUUAUAUUUACAGAAAGUGCAUCAGUUAAAUAACUUGUCUUUGUACUGUAUUUAAUUAGAUGUAGGUCAGAAAAGGAUUUGCAAAUCAUUGCAUUCUGUUUUAUGUUUUAGCAGCAUCACAACUUUUUGGGAAUUGGGUUGUAACAGUUGACAGAAAAACAAAACAAAUUAAAGCGCUUUAAGAAGUUGCAAAGGUCACAUAAAUGUAUGGAGUUCAUUGUGAUAAAAAAUAAAGUUUAUUGUUGUUGGAACAACAUCCUGACUUCUCAGCAGCAGCAUGGUUUAACCCUU